AUGCUGAGUGUUGGCUCAUGCUCCCUCAAAAACCUUGGGAGGCUCACCGUCCUCCUGACCUGGUGUGCUGUCUCGGUCUCUCCCUGUUGGAACCUUGCAGCGAGUCACCGCAGCAUGUGUAUCAGACUGCGUGGCGGGGAGAAGGUGACGUCCUUGAAGAGGAUGCGACCCCACGAGAAGCGAGUGAAGUCAGACAGAGCCAAGAAGAUGCAGAAAGUUAUUCGCAAGAAACAUCAGGUUACACAGAUGAAGCAACAACCAAAGCUCGAAAGGCCGGUGAUCGCCGAGCCCGAAGACUUGAUGGACUAUGAUGCGUACAUGGACGAUGUGAGGCAGCUCCUGGAGCCCGUACUCACCAACACACCGGAAAAACGAAUAAUGAAGCGAAUGGAGGGACUGCGGGCCAAGGGUUUCAAACCUGGCGAGUAUGUCGCGAGGCACAACAUAAAGACGACAGAGGCCCCGACGAGGGGGAAGCACAUUCGGUUCGAAGAUUCGAAACCAAAGAAAACACGCCAAGACAAGAAGACCAAGGCUGAGUUGAGAAGGGAGAAGAGGCACAAGAAAAAACAAAAAAAGAAAGAAGACAAGAUGAAGAAACGAAAGGUGAAGGCGUUGGCAAAACAGAAGUUGAAGUUGAAGGAAGCAAACUUCAGAUCAAAGUUUGAUUUGAUGAAGUCCAUCAUUGAAAAACUCCAGAUGGAGCUGAAAGAUCAAGCUCCUUUGGCUGAGAAUGAAAUCCCUGUCGUGAUGCAGGCGAUUGAGCGAGGGGACUGGAAAUCAACUAGCAUGACUCCCUUACAGCGGCGAAUCGCAGGCAUCAUACAGUCAGUGAUUUCAAAGCAACCGAAGUUGAAGGAUGAAAUAGCUGAGGACACAAGCGAGGAGUUAAAGGAGGAUAGCUUGAGCCUGGAGUACAUCCCGGGCCCUCAUCGCCGUGCUCUCGAACCUGACGAGAUUUCCAAUGAAAUCAGUGACUUGAGCAAGUCCGAAGUCGAAGAGAAGGAAGAGGAGCCGCAGAUAAGGGCGCCGAUCAGACAAAACCUUCCAAAGGCAAAUGGAUCGAUGGAGAAAAGGCAUGUCUACCGAUCUCAAUGCCGGUCAAAGACCAAGACUUGA